UCACCUAGGCCUUGUGUCUAAACUCCGAUCAACUCGACCAGCCCACUCACAAGCCGGAAAUGCCUCCAAAGCCCAAGCACCGCGACGUGGCCGGCUUCCUGAGCCGGGUGCGCAACUUCUUCCUGGGCCGCACCCACAAGACGGCCCUGCGUUUCGCGGACACUGUCUCCCCGAGGACCCAACCGCCCCCGGACAUCCCCAAAGGUCCUGCGCAGAGCCUGUUCUCCAACUACUACUACACCAGGGACCCUCGGCGGCUGGUCAAGCCGUCCGUCGACUUAGUCCAGGAGCACAAGCAGAUGCUGGCUGCCAAGUUGAAGGCCGAGGAAGCUGCCAAGGCCGCCCAGGCCAAGUCCGGAGAUGCCCCCAAGGACGGAGGCCCAGCCCCGCCUGCCAAGUCCUCGGAUACCGAUGCGGAGGACUGCGAUCAGACGGAGGAUUCCCGCGCCAAGAAACUUCCCACGCCCGGCAAGGUGCAUUCCUGGGAGGGGCCGCGUUAAUCGAGUUAAUAGUUCCUGUAUUGACAAUGCGCUGAAAAGAAUUGAGUGUUCUGCUAAUUGCCUGUUCCUUUGCAAGUGCACUGUGCUAUUUACGAUGUUAAGCAGGACAAUUAAGAGGAUUCGCAGUGGAGCAAUGCAGCAGGUCGUAAAAAUGUAAAUCUAAUUAGACGUCAAGGGUGAAAAUCAUUUAUGGCACCUGCAUGAAAAUUUAAUUAAGCACACACAAUUAUCGAAGGCACAAGCUGGGGAGGCGGCGAAGGCGAGGAGCAAAGGGUUCGCUACAGGCCACAACAAUAAAUUUGCAGGCUUAAUAACCUUUAAUGCUAUCAAAA